UAGAAAAUUUCCUUAGUUUCGAGCCAUUAACAAUAGAAGUAUUUGAAAAACAACACAGCUUCUGAAAGGGAUAAACGCUUCAGCAAUAAAACAAGGCAAUUACUCCAUAAGAUAGACAGCCACAUAAUGAAUUACUAUGAUGAAGAGAUUACCAUAAACGGUGGUGACAUUAAACCACCCAACAGCAAUAUAAAGGUAGAACGCAUCUCUAGCAGAGGAAGUAAUAGUGACAAAGGAAAUCCAACGGCCAGCGGUAGAUCAUUGACACAGCAGAGUGGUAUUUCAAUGGUUAAUAGAAGUAGACAAAGGACUGUGAUACAAGGCAAUUCAACGGAUGAUGAUGGUUUAUUGCAAGACAUCAUAGAUCAUGACGACGAAGAUGAUGAAGAUGAAGAUAGCGAUUUGCAAAUAGCUAAUGCUCCAGCCAUACAACCAUUAGAUAAGCAACAACAUAAAUUAACAAGACACAAUGAUUUACCACGUUCUCAUGGCCUUCCUAGUACUUCGAGAAUUAUGAAUUUACCUUCAGCUAAGGCUUUAGAUAUGGACACGGAACCCUCGGAAACAGAAUCCGAAGAGGGAAGUCAUCGUUUUAAGGGUGCAGCCAUAGGGCAUGUCACCACCUCGGAGACUCAAAUUUCUAUAACACCCGAUAAAUGGGAAAAUUUAGCUUUAGAUCCUGAAAUUAAGGAGUUAUUCCCCUAUAUUUUAAAGUAUACUCCACAACAUAUCGAAAUUCCCUAUCACUUACAACCUUUUAUACCCGAGUAUGUACCAGCAGUAGGAGAUGUUGAUGCCUUUCUUAAGGUAACCGAACCGCCACUUUUAAAGCCACAGCGUUCUAAAGAAAUGCAAGAACACCUACAGAAAUUAGGCUUAUAUUUCCUAGAUGAACCCUCUGGCACCCAAAGUGAACCAAGUCUGCUUAAUAUGAAACUACGCUCAGCUUUAACGGGCAGUAGCAAGAAUGCUCGCUCCACCUCUGCGCAAACGGUACCCUUUGCUAAAUCGACCAAAGAUAUCGAUAAGUGGAUAAAUGAAGUUGAACAAGUUCAUAUGUCUCAAUCUGUUUACGAUGCUCAACCCCGUAAGGAUAUUGAAAACAUGAUAAUUGACUGGCCACGUUCGUAUGCAGAUGCCACAGGCGCCGUACAGGAAGCUUAUCAACAAUGUCUAACCGAACAACACACACUCGUCGACUACGUACGUAUUCUCUGUCAACAAUUCUCCAUUGAGGGACCACUCGAGACACAAGCGGACUAUUUAUUAAGUAUACAAACAUUGUUCGCUUUAUAUUUGGCUGCCAAUCAGGCAUGGGAAUAAUGGUUUGCAAAAUACUUCAUUUGGUUUUGCCUUUGCUAGUAUUACAUACGACUACAAUGUCUACCACAUAGUACAGUUAUAUUUCAAAACAAUCUGCAAUUUUACCUUUAUGACCACACAAACAUUCGUACAUACAAAUGUAUGUAUAUUAUACGAUUAACAUGAAUAUCCUUGUUUAAAACAUUGUGCUUACACCUUAACGUUGUUUCAUUUGGGAAACACAUUCAUUCAAAGGUAUUAUUUCCUCUAAACCAAUUAUUUGCUUAUAUCAAAUAUGGAAGAAUGGAUUUCGAAAAUUUGCUAAGUUUCAGUUUACACCAUUUAAACACGCAAUGUUUUAGUUCGUAAAACAGAUUUACUUUUCGAUACUUCCAAAUUGAUCCUUAAACAAUUUUUUUUUGUUUAGGUUUGAAGAGCUGUAUUCAUUUUAAAGAAUAAAUUCUCUUCAAACUGUGUCGCUUAUUUGACUGUUAUUGAAAAAUUUUGCGGUAUGUUUACUUAAUUGGUAAAUAUUACGAUGUAUGUACCUUCUUGUAGUUUUCGUCUAUCAAUUGUGGGGUUGUUGGGCUGUUUCUAAUUGUCCUCAUGCAUACUUAUGGAUUGGGAGGUCAGUCUUUUGUAGUUUCGUCUUUGGUUCAAAAUGGUUUGUUGUGUUUAACAUUGUAGAGGGUGAUUCGCAAAUUGUUUUUCAAUGCUGUGGUAUGUGUAUGAUUAUAAUAGAUGCAAUCGCUCGGAAAAUGUAUGCUAAAUACAAAGUAUAUUGAUUUUUUCGAUUAGUAAUUAAAGUCUUUUAUGGAAAAAUAUUUAUUUAAAUUAAUAUGUA